AUGCCGAACUUCCUUUCGGAUGCCACUAUCCGCCGGUUCCUCCGAGCAAGAAACUGGAGUACGAUGAAAGCUACUAAGAGUCUCAAAGAAGCUACCAGUUGGAGACGUCAGUACAAGCCAGAGAAAAUUCGUUGGGAAAGCAUUGCCGAUAGUGAGAAUGAGGCAAAGAGAGCGUACAUACCUGACUACCUUGACAAGAACCGAAGAAUGGUUUUCGUAACACUUCCAACAAUAAAGACCAAAACUUCAGAGAAGGAUCAUCUAAAGUAUCUAGUGUAUAACCUGGAAAACCUGCUCAUAUAUUCUGAAGAUGCAGAAGAAGAGAGUGUUGUUUGGAUCUCUGACUUCCAAGGCUGGACAAUAUCAAGUACACCAUUUUCAUUGACCCGACAAUCAUUACACAUAAUUCAACAAUAUUAUCCUGGAUUGAUAGCAGUCGCUAUUCUAACCAACCCACCAAAAUUUUUUGAAUCCUUUUGGAAGAUAAUGAAACACUUCCUAGAGCCAAGAAUGAAUGAAAAAGUGAAAUUUGUGUACAACAACAAUUCAGAGAGCCAGAAGAUAAUGGGCGACAUUUUUGACCUCGACAAACUGGAGUAUAUAUUUGGAGGAAGAAACACAGCUGACUUUGACAUCAACAUGUAUGUAGAGAGAAUGAAACGACGAGAUCAGAUACGGGGAGCUUGGACAUAG